CAUUGUCUGCUGCUUGUUCUUGUGCAACAUGCUGAAGCAUGAAACAUUCUGUCCCAUUGAAAGCAGAGCAGUCAGUGGUUAGUUUUUGUUCUGGUUUCCUUUGAAUCUCUUUUUACAGCUCAGUUGGUUUAAUGUGGGAGGAAAGAGAAACGGCACCAGCAGCACUUUUUAUACCUUCCCUUCUGAGGAACAAGGGCUGCUUGACAGUCAAAUAGAAAUUACAAAUAGAGGGAAAAACAGAAUAAUAAAUAACAGAAAUAUUAGCUUGUGUUGAUUAGUGGCAGCCAUCCUGAUCAAAGUGAUUCCUCUAAGAUCCAAUAGGUGGUUCAUAGGAUAUUUUGCUAACUCAAAAACAAAUGCACACAGAUUUGGACACACACGAUCGCCCGCCUCUCAUGGCACCAAGUGUAAAAUAAAGAAAAAAACUUCAUUUUCACCCACAUUUGGGCUGUGUGCAGAAUAAGUGUGGACACAAUUUUAGUGCUUUUAAAUUUUUUAUUUUUGAAGCAAAAAUAAAGAAACAUGUAACUAUUUCUUGAAAGCGUACAUGCAAAAAAAAAACCAACAACAACAGUAGAAUUUUCUAAAAUAUUAAUAAUAAAAAAGGCAUUUAAACUAUAAAUAAUAGAAAGUGAUGUCCCAUAACCUUUUGGACCUCAGGGACACACAAGAGCAUUCCUCCUUAUCUCCGACACACACACACACACACACACACACACACACACACACACACACACACACACACACACNCACACACACACACACACACACACACACACACACACACAUAAAAGGUUUCAGUCUGUGGUCCUGCACUCAGCUCUGUGUUGAGUGAGCAGGUGAUGUGCCAGGACGUCCAUUUACCCACAGAGGACCGUCUGUUUCUGGGAGUAGAACUCAUGGAACAGUCAGAUUAACUUUUCAAACUUUUAUUUAAAAAAACUUAACAAAACAAAACAAAAAAAACUUUUUUUACAAGAAUGUCUCCAGAAGCCAGCUCCUUUGUAGCUCUGGAUUAUGUGGUAUUUGCUCUCAUGCUGGUGGUUUCUGCUGCCGUUGGGAUCUACUUCGCCUGGACUGACAGGGGACAGAGCAACUCUGGGGACUUCUUAAUGGGGGGCCGCAGACUGACCGCCCUGCCCGUCUCUCUGUCCCUGACCGCCAGCUUCAUGUCAGCCAUCACAGUCCUGUCCCAACCGGCUGAGGUGUACCUGUACGGAGCUGGCAUCGGGCUUUGUGGUCUGGCCUUUUUGUUCACCAUACUGAUCACCUCUGAGGUCUUUCUGCCCGUCUUCUACAAGCUGAGCAUCACCAGCACYUAUGAGUAUCUGGAGCUGCGUUUCAGCAGAGCGACCCGUCUGCUUGGAACCAUCCUCUUCAUCGCUCAGAUGAUCCUUUACACGGGGAUUGUGAUUUACACUCCGGCUCUGGCUUUAAACCAGGUGACUGGGCUAGAUCUGUGGGGGGCCGUCAUCUCCACAGGCGUGGUCUGCACCUUUUACUGCACAAUGGGGGGUCUAAAGGCCGUGGUGUGGACAGAUGUCAUUCAGCUCGGCGUCAUGUUAGCAGGUUUCCUGAGUGUCAUCUUCAGAUCUGUGGUCCUGCAAGGCGGAGUGGUCGCCAUCAUUUCAGACUCACAGGACGGAGGAAGACUAAACCUUUGGGACUUCGACAUGAACCCUCGAAGGAGACACACCUUCUGGACCGUGACGGUCGGAGGGACAUUUCUCUGGGUCAGUGUCUAUGGGAUCAACCAGGCCCAGGUUCAAAGAUACAUCUCCUGCAAGAGCAUGACCCACGCCAGACUUUCCUUGUACAUCAACUUGCUCGGCCUGUUGUCCAUUAUGGUGAGCUCGGUGUUUGCAGGAUUGUGUCUGUACUCGGUCUAUAAAAACUGUGACCCGUGGAGCACCGGACUUAUUUCUGCUUCUGAUCAGCUGAUGCCAUAUUUGGUGAUGGACAUCCUGAGGGACUACCCCGGCCUCCCUGGACUCUUUGUAGCAGCUGCAUACAGUGGAUCCCUGAGCACAGUGUCUUCCAGCAUCAACGCUCUGGCUGCAGUGACCGUGGAGGAUCUCAUCCGACCCUACACCAACUGGUCUGAGAAACACCUGUCCUGGAUCUCAAAGGGAAUGACUUUUUUCUAUGGAGUUGUAUGCAUUGGAAUGGCUGGACUGGCCUCGCUCAUGGGAGGGAUCCUGCAGGCAGUGAUCAGUAUUUUUGGGGUCAUUGGAGGUCCUUUACUCGGCUUGUUCACACUGGGCGUCCUGUGUCCAUGCGCUAACUCCAAAGGGGCUGUGUCAGGUCUCCUGUCAGGGCUGGUCAUUUCCCUUUGGGUGGGCAUCGGAGCCCAGGUUUACCCGCCGCCCCCCGAGGUGGUCCAUCCUCUGCCGCUGAGGACCGACGGCUGUAACUUCACCACAACCAACACCUUCAACUGGACCGCCACGGCUCUGCCAACACAACCCAACUCCACCGUUAUCGUUCCCAUCCACGAUGGCAGCAGCAGGCUUGCAUUGGCAGACGUCUACUCUCUGUCCUACCUUUACUUCAGUCCAAUUGGAACAAUAAUAGCCAUCAGCGUGGGGCUGAUAGUCAGCGUGUUAACUGGAGGCUGUAAGCUGAAAGUGGAACCAAGGCUCUUAUUAAAGAAGGAGGACACAACGUUUUAUUACUUCAUCAAGUUAUUUAAAUGCAGAGUGGAAAAACGAAGCGGACAGUUCGACUUAAAGGACAGAGAGAAGAAAUUCGGCAGCAGCAAUCCUGCGUUCUGCGAUUUCGAGCUGACAAAAAGCAGCAUCGCUUCAUGAAAAGCUUGUUUUACAGUUAUUUGAAUCUGUUUUUUCAAUCUUUCUAAGAUCAUGUGUACAAUUUGUUAAUAAAGAAAUGGAUUCAUG